AUGGAUCACCAACAGCAAUAUAAACAUAAGCAACAACAACAACAACAAUACCAAUAUACUAUAAAACAAGAGAAUAAUAAUAAUAAUAAUGGUGGUAUACCAAGCCCUUUACCAGGAGGUGUACCUCCUCCUAUUAAUAGUCAGUCGUCAAACAACACAAAAGGAUUGGUCAUACCCAAAUCGAAAAUGCCAACUUCAUUGACACCAGAGGGAGAACAAUUAUCCAAAGAUCUUGCACAUGAACGAUCAAUGUCUUUUAAAACACAAAUCAAGGCAUCUAGUAUACACUUGAGUACUGGGGGACUUGAAAUUUAUUUGGACCCGAAUAAUAAUGUUUCGGCAUCUGGCGACCCGGUUCCACCUAUAGCAUCAACCUUUAUAGAUACCUCUAAUAUUAUUAAACAAGAAUCUUCAUCACCUUCACCAAAUCCUGAUACUACUAAUCCAACAACGCCACAACAACAACAUCAACAACUACAUAACCAACAACAAAUACCAACUACUAAUCAACAAUUACAACACCAACAACACCAAUUGCAACAACAACAACAACAACAAUUACAACAACACCAACAACACCAACAACACCAAUUACAACAACAACAACAACAACAACAACAACAUAGACAAGGAACACAAGGAUUCCAAAUACCAAUGCAUGGACAAUUUUAUUAUUAUCCAGCAUCACAAAUUCAAUACCAAGGUGUUCCAAUAACUUCACAUCCACAUGCUCAUCCUCCUCAAUCUAAUCAACAACAACAACCACAACCGAUGAAUAUUGAUGAGUUAUCAUAUCAACAACAACAACAACAACAACACCAUAAAGAUAAUGAAGACAUGUCGAAAAGAAAAGGAAACGAUAAAGAGGAUUACCUAGGUGGAGAUGAUGUUGUUGAUCAGGUAUCAUCACAGAAAGUUCAACAUGACAUAAAGAGAACUAAACAAACCAUUAAUAAUAAUAAUAGUCAUAGUAAUAAUAAUAAUACACCUAAAAAGAACAACAACAACAACAAUAACAAUAAUAACAAUAAAAACAAUCAUAAUAAUAAUCAUAACAAUCAUAACAAAUCAAAUAAUAAUAAUACACCUAAAAAACAACAACAACAACAACAACAACAAUUAAUCGCUGACAAGAAGAAGUUAUCGACACCAACAUCAUCUUCAUCUUCUUCAAUUUCAUCAUCAACAGCUGAACAAGUUAUAACUUUAACUUCAACAUCUUCUUCUUCAUCUUCAUCAUCAUCAUCAUCAUCAUCAACAACUUUUUCAGUUGUAAAGAAAAAGGAUGAAAGUAAAGAUUUAAUUAGAGUUUAUGCUGAUGGUAUUUAUGACUUGUUUCACUUUGGACAUGCACGUUCAUUACAACAAGCCAAAUUACUAUUCCCAAAUACACAUUUGAUCGUUGGUGUUUGUAAUGAUGAAUUGACUCAUCGACUAAAAGGAAAGACUGUGAUGGAUCACAAGGAACGUGCCGAAUCGCUGAGACAUUGCAAAUGGGUUGAUGAAGUGGUCGAGAAUGCACCAUGGAUUGUGACACAAGAGUUUAUCGAUGAACAUGAAAUUGACUUUGUUGCACACGGCGAAGACGCUUGUCUCGACAAGGAUGGCAAUGACAUUUAUCAAUUUGUAAAGGAUCAAGGUAAAUUCAAGACCAUCAAGAGAACCGAUGGUAUCUCUACCUCUGACAUUAUCCUUCGUAUCGUAAAGGAUUAUGACAGUUAUGUCAAUCGUAAUCUAAAACGUGGAUACACUAGAAAAGAAAUGAAUGUCUCUGCACUCAAAGAAGCCAGUCUUCAAGUUGAAGAGAAAUUCAGUCAAAUCAGAUCAAAAGUUUUGGAUUCCGUAAAGACUUGGUCAAAUGAACAUCACAUGUUGGACUUUUUGAAAAGAUUUAGUAAACGAUUACCAAAUAUAUUGGCAAUUGAAAAUAAUAAUAAUAAUGGAAAUUUAUUAUCACCAACAUCUUCAAAUGACGAAUUUGAAUAUGAUCAAGAUGAUGGAACAAGUCCACCAAACUAUCCAUUAAGUCCACCUACUUUGAGUGGUAUUACCAAGGGUCCCCAAGAUUAUAUUUAA